GCCCUCGCGGCGAGCCUACCCUCCGCCUCGCUCCUCAGCCCCACUUUGCUCCCUCCUCCCCGCGCCCCGCCGUCCCCUCCGAUGCCAGCCAUGGUGGAGAAGGGCCCGGAGGUGCUGGGGAAGAGGAGGGGGAGGAAUAAUGCCGCUGCCUCGGCCUCCGCCGCCUCCAACGCCGCCAACGCCGCCACCACCACCACCACCACUACUGCCUCCUCCUCCUCUUCCUCCUCCGCCUCCGCAGCCGCCGCUGCCGCCGCCUCAGCCUCAGCCUCGGCCUCGGCCGCCUCUGCCUCCUCCGCUGCAGCCUCCGCCUCGGCUGCCUCCGGCUCCGCCAAUAAUGGCCAUAAUAAAAGUUUGGCAGCGGCCGCCGCCGCGGCGCCCAAUGGAAAUAGCACCAACUCCUGGGAGGAAGCGAGCUCGGGCUCCUCGAGUGAUGAAGAGCAUGGAGGAGGUGGCAUGAGAGUCGGACCCCAGUACCAGGCAGUCGUGCCUGAUUUUGAUCCUGCAAAAAUUUCAAGACGCUCUCAGGAAAGAGAAAAUCUUGGCAUGCUGGUAUGGUCACCUAAUCAGAAUCUAUCAGAGGCAAAAUUAGAUGAAUAUAUUGCCAUUGCCAAAGAGAAGCAUGGAUACAAUAUGGAGCAGGCUCUUGGGAUGCUUUUUUGGCAUAAGCACAAUAUUGAAAAAUCCUUGGCUGAUCUACCCAACUUUACCCCAUUUCCAGAUGAGUGGACUGUGGAAGAUAAAGUUCUAUUUGAACAGGCCUUUAGUUUUCAUGGGAAAACAUUUCAUAGAAUUCAACAAAUGCUUCCUGAUAAGUCUAUAGCAAGUCUAGUGAAAUUUUACUAUUCUUGGAAGAAGACAAGAACCAAAACCAGUGUGAUGGAUCGUCAUGCUCGGAAACAGAAGAGAGAACGGGAGGAAAGUGAGGAUGAACUGGAAGAAACAAAUGGAAAUAACCCAAUUGACAUUGAGGUUGAUCAAAACAAGGAAAGCAAAAAGGAGGUACCACCAACAGAGACAAUUCCUCAAAUCAAAAAAGAAAAGCAUAGUACACAAGCUAAAAAUAGGGCCAAGAGGAAACCUCCUAAGGGAAUGUUUCUUUCUCAAGAAGAUGUGGAGGCAGUUUCUGCCAAUGCUACUGCUGCUACCACAGUGCUAAGACAACUGGACAUGGAAUUGGUUUCAAUCAAACGACAGAUUCAGAAUAUUAAACAGACAAACAGCGCUCUCAAAGAAAAACUUGAUGGUGGAAUAGAACAAUAUAGACUUCCAGAGGUUAUUCAGAAGUUUAAUGCACGUUGGACCACAGAAGAACAGCUUCUUGCUGUACAAGCAAUCAGGAAAUAUGGCCGAGAUUUUCAGGCGAUCUCAGAUGUUAUUGGAAACAAAUCAGUGGUACAAGUGAAAAACUUUUUUGUAAAUUACCGACGCCGCUUCAACAUAGAUGAAGUCUUACAGGAAUGGGAAGCAGAACAUGGCAAAGAAGAAACCAAUGGAACCAGUACACAGAAACCCAUAAAGUCCCCAGAUAAUCCCAUUAAAAUACCUGAAGAAGAGGAAGAAGCUACUUCUGUUCUUGAUGUCAGAUAUGCAUCCGCUUCAUGAAAGACUUGAGUAGCUUAGAAUAAUUUGCGUUAACUACUGUUAUUCAAGAUAUCAGGUAUUACCGAACCUCAGACAGCCAUCUGCAUCAUACCUAUGUGGACAAGCAGCUAUUACCAAAAAAGGCAAACACUUCCAGUCCUGUGCUGCAACUGCCUUAAUUCUUUGCUCAUUCCUCUGCAUUGCCUCCACUUCCCAGUAUGCUUUUCAUUUCAUCGGUACCUGCCUGAAUGCUGGGGAGAAUCACCACAUCCCACAUAGCUUAUGGGCUUAUUUUUGAACUGUCUCCAUAAGUAGGAGCUACUCUCUCAAUAGUCUCACAGUAAUCGGCAGGGAGUGGAUGGGGGAAAAGAGUCAGCUCAGAAGGUCUUUGUAUUGCCUGUAAUCUUUGCUUUGUGCGUAUUGUAAUUAUAAUAGUGACACUCUUAGCUUUCCAGGAAGAGCCUCCUAUUCAUUUUUUGAGUUGACUGACCACCCCCUGAGACAUCAUGCUUUCUCUGAAAACAUAGUCUAUGUUUGUAAACUGCAUCGUGACUUUUUAGUGCUUGGCAUUCUAAUGCCAUUCAUGGUCUCCUCAACUUAGGUCGUAAUGAUGGUUUGUAAUUAUUAGACCAUAAUGGUUUAAUGGCAGGUGUCUCUUUAAGCCAACCCCUAAUAAUCUGUCUCGGUGGAAAACUCACUAACUUGUAUUACUGUAGUUUCAAAGUUUGGUUAAGUCACGUGCCACCACACUCAUCAUUUUGCAUUGUAAUCCUGGUCAGGCACACCUUUCCCUACAUUCUACUCAGCACUCCCUAGAGAUUGAAUCCAAACAACUUUUAUCUGGUGCUCAUCCAUUUGGAAUUGGUGCCUUUUACAUUUGGCAUCCAUAUCACCAUUAUGCUUCAAUGUCAUCUUCUUUUCCUUAAAGCUUGCUGCUUGCCAAAGAUGAUUUAUAUUUAUAUGAGGGGUGGCAAGUAUGAGUGUGCUUGCCAUAGAUCCUGACAGGAGCAUAGGUUUAGAACUUUUCCUUAUUUAUGAGUAGUUGAAUGACUGGUGAUUACUUGGUGAAAGCUCACUGCACUUCCCUUUCUUCUUUGUAUAACUUGCUUCUCAAUCAGACCCCCUUUUGUGUACCUAUGCACCAACAUGAGAUAAAAUAUACAUGGGUCAGAGAGUAGGGUGUAGAAAUGGUUGGUCACUUUUUUGAUCAAAGAAGACUAAUAAGAAAGAUAUUCCAAGGUAGUAGGAUAAUGCCUUUUGGCUGGACUGCUAAAACAUUUUCUUACCAAAACUUUGGAGAAGAGAUUAUCUUUUAACCAGACCUUGUGUAUGGAAAGGUGAAGGAAGAGCAAACUUAGCAAGCCACAGAUUCAGAUCCUUGUUAAAUUCAAACUAUAUAUAAUUAACUUUUUCCUAGUAUCAUCAAUUUUGAUUUCUAGUUUUUGUUUUCAAUACCAAAAACAAAAAAUGCUUGCCAGAUGCUUUAAGGUACAAUAUUCUUUUAAGAACCUAAAAUAUGCAAUUAAAAUUGGUCAUGUGUUUUAAGUCCCUCUGUGUACCUUGCUUUUUAAGCUAGUUGAUCCUCUGCUUAAGAAGAGGGUCAUUUGGGAACUGUAAAUUUCUUAGAAAAUGCUUUUCGAGAAAGUUUACUCAAGUACAGAAGUUGGAAGAGAAUGUUUUCUUUUCCUUUUUGCACCUAAACAAGGUCUGUGUUACUUAGUGGAAGCUAUUGAGGAAAUCAGAGGAGGAAAGAUUAGAGGGCAGCAAUUGGGUUGCUCUUGCAUGAUGACAGUGGGAAUCAUCAACCAUAGAAUAAUCAUCUUUUUUAAAAAAUAGCCUGCUGCUGACUUGGGGAAUUGGCAAGGGAUAGUGUAGGGAAGAAGAAUUAAGGGACAAUUUUGCACGUCUUUCCAAAGCAACCAUACAUGCUUUCUCUAUGCUAAUGGCAGCACAUCAGCAACUAUUGCUGCAGGAGUCCCCUUGGCUUUGCCAAAAAGCUCAUUUUUCCUAUCACAGAUACUCUGAAUAAAAAAUAGUCCUUUAUGGCAGUGCUUUGGAAGCCAGCUGCUAUUGCCUGUUAAUUUAGAAUGGCAAACAGGUUAAUACCACCAGGUCUUACCUUUAGUGAAUUAGGCUCCAGUCCCAUCAAGCUACCAUUCAUGUUUCCUAGCAGGUAUGUUUUGGCACACUCCCUAAAGUAUAAUAAAUAGCAUAUAAUUUUCAUUUGAUAGAAAAAAAGGAAAAAAUAAGUGACCCAUCUUUGCUUGACUGCUGCCAUUGUAGCCAUAUACAUAAGAUAGCACUGUAUUUUUACCUUUGAUUUUCAUUACACUGUCUUUGCAAUGAUGUUUUAAAUGUAAGAAAUCACUUAGCUUUAAAAGCUAAGCAGUUCGGUCUUAUUUAUAUUAAGACCCAUUUUAAUGGAUCAAGAAUUAUAUGCAUCAAAUGGUGGCAUUCAGACAUGUGAAAGUCUGCAAUGAUAACUGCAGAAGAUGUAAUGUUCACUUAAAUUUUGUUUUCUUAAAAAUUAUCAAUGUGAAUGUCAUAAUUAUAAAUUUUUGUGGAAAUGGGAAUUUAUUUCUCUUAAUUAUAAGUUAUUGUGCAAAAUAUAGUAUCAUUAAAGCAAAUAAUAGUUUAACUUUUAGUUUAGAAUCCCUCAGAGAUAUAAAGUGUAUUACAUAUGCAUAAGAAAAUUACGUUUUGUUUUAUUUAAUUUUUCAUAGGUAUGUAAAGUACUAGGUAAAUUUUUUUUCCACUUAACCAUUUAAACACCUCGUUACUUGAAUAUUGUGUUAACUGUUUCUGAAACACAGUGAUCAAUUUUGUAAUAUAGCUCUCUUAACCAAGGAAAUGACUAUGCCUCAGUUGUGCUUAAUAGUUGAGCAGUUAUGGACAUUUACAGUAUAUGCUCUGGUCCACAGGAGCCAUAGGUAGUAUAUGUAGCACAACCACUGUGUUGUGUCUCAAUAAGUUCAUACCAAUAAAGAUAUUGAUUUCGUGAUAAGUUAUUUGUAAAAGUUUUCAACACAGAGGAUCCCUUAAUGGUCACAUAAGCCUCUAAUCUACAGAAAGUCAUUGGGUUUUAAAAGUUUUACCAUGGUGUUCAAACUAGUUUUUAAAAUGUCCUUUAAAAAGUUCUCUUAAACAUACCUAUACCACUUAAAUAUACUCAUUGUCACUUUAAAUUUAAACUGUGCCCUUUAUUUGUCUUUCUAAAUAUCUGAUAUACUGUUGGUAUAAUUGCACACCAAAUAUGAGCCAAACAGUGCAUUACAGCUCACUGGGCCAUUGCUAGAUAAGCCCAGAGCAGCCAUGGACUCCUCAGUUGAGCCAAGGCCCUACAUAUGGCGCCCACCAGAAGUAAGAGCCUCUCAGUUUCCCCUUGUUAAGUCUAUUGACAAAUGACCUAGGAUUCAAGCUUUUAAAACAAAAUUAAUCCCUGUUUAUUGACUUGAGGUAGUUUUUAGCUAGUCUGAUGCUGAUGAUCUAAUGCAGGGGCCUAAUUGCCUACAAUCUUUCAGCCACUCCCUGGAUUUGUGGAGCUUUUUCUGUUGAUCGUGAAGCACAAUUGCAGUAACAGUUCAGAAGAAGGAAGGUCAGUAUAGUCUAUGCAUGUUGUAUAAUAAUGAGUGUUUACAGUCAUAUUCUCUGAAGAUGAAAAUUUAUACUGGAUUGUAUAGUAUUAUUCCAUUAUGUAGAUUUUAUCAAUUUUGUUAAGUGCUUUUAGACAGCUUAAAAAGUUUUUCAAGAUUUUAAAAGAUGUAUAAGGUUAAGUUUGCAAAUAUAAUGGAAAUGCUGUAUAGCUUUUGAAGUGAUAAAUUACAUGUUGGAAUUUUAAAGAAAGUAUGUUGUAAUAAUGCUGUUGUAAGUAAUAUUUUAAUGUCUCUUGGGCCUGUUUUAUUUUUUUUUUAAUUAUUAUUCAGCACAUUUAUUGUGGUGAAUGUUCAUAGCAUUAUAAACUUGCUAAGCCAUUGAAAGGUAAAAGGUAACUUGUUUUUCUGAUUAUCAUUUUAUUGUAAAUGAAAUUAUUGUGGAGAUUGGAAGAUUCAUGUGAAAUUCUGCAUAAUUCCGUUUUUUCUAUGAUUUGCAAUGUUUGCUGAUAUCAAAUAAAACCUUUUCAAGCCAUGGAUGUAAUAAAACAUGGAGUAAAAACACCUUUCCCCUCCACAGUGAAAUGUUCUAAACUGGUGUUUUCUGUUUCUAGAUUUGGAGUUAGUAUUCACAGGAAGCUAGUUUUUCAAAAAUGUCAUCUCUGGAAAUUAGCAGUGUCUCUCCUUCCUCAUCCCUUCUCUUCCUCCCCCUUUUUUUUUUUUACCUCAAUAGUUAACAAACCUUUUAUUGAAUCCUCUUUUCUUCAUUCUUAAUCCCUUCCUGAGAUAAAGAAAUCAAAUAUGUUUGGGCUCUAUCUCUAUACACAUUUUAUUUCUGAAGUUUCUUUAGUGCAAAUUUACUUGAGCAGAAAGAGAGAAUCUCUCUUUAUCCAUUGCCCUUUUCAGACUCAACCAUGUUUCCCUUACAUUCAAUUUCAUGAAGAGCUAAUUGAACAGUCAACAAAUGUCAUAACUCUUAAAAUGGUAUUAAGAUUGUUCAUAAGGGACUUCACUUUUUUUUUUUUUUUUUUUUAGCUUUUCAGUCAAAAUAUUAAUAAUACUGUGAAAUGUGGGUUUGGACAUGGUCAUUUGCUUUGGAUUUGUCUAUAAUAGUCCCAUAUUUCAGAUGGAUAAGAAAGAUCUAUUGUAGCAUUUUGAAAUUAAUCAAUUUCCUUGGGCGACCCACAUGCUGAUAUGAGUUAGGUUGUGGCUGUUUAAAGAAAUGUGUAUUAGUCUAGGUAUCUGUUUUUCUUUUUUCCAGGGUUAGAAAAAGAAAAAACAAUCAGAUUUACUACAGGUGGAAGUGUUUAAUAACAGCAAGAAAGAAUAAAUAAGGUUUAGAGUUACAGUGAUCUGCCUUUGUUUUUCUGACUUUUUUACAAUCUCAUCAGAGGAAGCAGUAUCUAUAAAGAUAAUGUCAGCCCAAAUCAUUUCUUGCAUUGGUGGUCAACCACCAAAGGUCCCCAUUAUAAUGUUAUGAUCACUGGGCUAAUGAGAUGUGGAUACCUUCCCAUUUGUGCUCUAGGCAACCAGGUAAAUUCAAAUGUGAAUCAGAAGGCUUUAUUAGUGCUGUGGUAGCAAUGUAUUUGAAAAUGUUAUAAUAAAAUAAGAAAUGCAACUCUAAUCAGAUGCAUACAUAUGGUAAAUAGUCACACACAUACAGGAUGUCCCAAAACUUUUAGUGUAGUUUAAGCUUUAAUACUUAAGAAAUAAAAUGCCACAAAUUCAUAGAAAAUUGGGAAAGUUAAUUAUUUGUUUUUGCAAUACUAAUGUUUCUUAUUAAAAUUCUGUUGGAAUAUCCAGCUUUAUAAAAACUUUCAUUAAAUUUUGCUUAAUGACAAAAAGGCCUCUAUGAUCCUAGACUUAAGAAAGUCUCAAGAACAAGUUUUUGAUGUAUAUGUAACAGUUUUCACAUGACUCCACAAGAAAAAGUAUAAUGAAGAUAAGGUGACCAAACAAGACAACUUUCAGUUUCCAAAUCAUUGGUCCUGAGAAACUUUCAUCCAGAAAUUCAAACAUGAUGAAUAGGUUAAAAUUAAAAACUAAAUAACAUUAAGAAAAACUUAAAUUUAAAAAAUUAAAUUUUUUUCUGAAACUGAUAAAGCUUAAUAAGCAUUGUUUUUAUGUUAAAGAUUUUAUGUAUGUCAAGAAGAGAAUAUGGAAAUGGAUAGCAUACAAGAUAGAAGACAAAUGUAGAAUAUAUCACUCUGAACAAAGUUCAUUUCUUAACUAGGCAUUGGUGUUAUGAAUCUAAUCCUGACUUAGCUUUCUGGAGGCAAGCUUAGAACUUUGUCAUGCUUGAAGAUCACGACAGCAGCAGCAGUUUAAAUAUUUUAUUGAUGCCUUAUGUACAUUUCCUUUCCUUUUCUAUCACAUUUAACUCUGCCUUAUGACAAAAACGUUUGCAACUUGGACCUAACAUGAUAUGAUUCUUAAUCUGCUUUAUUUGCUGUGUAUCAGUUGAUAUAACUCUGCUUGUGUUUAGGUCAGUCAUUGUUUUUUAUUCCUGUAUUCAUGCACCACAAUGUGGUUAGCUGUUUUCCAAUGAAUGGUCAUUUACUGAAUUUUGUUUCCACAAAAAGUACAACAAAUAUUCAUGUACAGAGCCUUUUUGUAUACCUUUGAUCUCAUUGAGGUAUAAGACCAGUAAUAUAUAUGAAAUGGGAGAUGAAGUGGGGAUUAAUGUUGAAUUAAAUCUGAGUAAUUUGGGGGUUUUAUGGCUAAUAGUGAGACCUGACUCUUAAUUUCCUUUUAUCUUGAAGAUAUUGAAGUUAAUUACCAUUAUUUUUCCUUUGAUUAAUGGACUUUACCCUUAAGCUGUGAGUUCCUUGGUCAUAUUUUUUAUUUUAUACCUCUCAUGCUUAGCACGUUGCCUGGCCUUUAAUAAAAACAAUAAAUGCUAAUAUUACAACAUAUUUAAACGUUAAUACUGUUGUUCAAAAAACACAUGAUUAGAAGGGAGGAGCCUGAACUGUUGCCUUAUUCUACUGGGGAGGGCCAACGUUAGCCUUUCACUUUCUAAAAUAUCCUUAAUCAAGAAAUCAUUCAGGUAUUUUGGGUUUUGAUUUGUUUUGAGGGGUUUUGAACAUUUCCAGUGACAAACUUAAACUUUUAUGAUAUCCCAUUACAUUUUGGACAACUCUGUCAAGAAAUUUUUAUGUGGAUAUUUGGAUUUAUAAUUUUUUCAUCUAUAUCCUCCAGGAUAUCAUGAGAAACUCUUUUCAAAUAACUUGCUGAAAUUUGGCAAUACUGUGUCGCUGGCAUUUCCCAAAGCUGGCUAUUGAGUAAUCUUUUCAGAAAUGAACAUGAAAUUAGUGUAUCAUGGUUUGUCCAUGCUUGACUCCUAAAAAAUUCCUACUUUUUUCCCCCACGAUUUUUUAAAGAGGGAUGAUGAAGUCUCCCUUCUUAACAGUCAUGAUAAAUAUUUACAUCUCUUGGAAACUUUAAAGUGUUCUCUGCCCUAUUACUACAUUUCUUGCAGGCCUCCCCUUCAUCUCCCGAACUAUCUUCUCCCACAAGUUCUAAUUUGGACCUUAUGCCAGUUGUGUGAGGGAGUAUAAAGUAACCUAAUCUUUCUCAGGCAACUGUGAGAUUAUUUUAUUUGCUAAAAGUUACAUAUAGUUUUUCCUCGUAAUAUAUACUAACAGAUUACAGAGAGCUAUGAAGCAGCAUAGUAUGAUGUAAAAGAUAUUAACUGGACUGAGUUAAGACACUUUGGUUUCCAAUAUUACUUUCCCUAUGAACAAUGGAGCUCUCUUGAGCUCUCUGGACAUCUCUGGAGCUCACUUUUUCCACUUGCAAAGUGCAUGGCUUUAAUUAGUUCUUCAAAAUCACUUAAAAGUUUUAAUAAUUACUACUUUAGUGGUCAAUGACAGAAACCACAGAAACUAUGGCUGACAGAUUGGAAGAAAAAUGAGGCAGAGGUGACUACAAUCUUUCAUUAUAUAUAACCUUUUGGAUAAGGAGUCAAGAUACAGUUAGAUAACCGGAAAUUGAGCUCAAAUGAUUCAAAACCCAUCCCUUUUCUCUUUCCCCUUUUUCUAUUUCUCUUUUUCCUUCCCCUACUAAAACAUGCAAGGCAGCAAAGAGGAAUCGGGAUCAGGUCAUCAGCCAAGAGUAAAAAAAAAAAAAAAAAAAAAAAAAAGACCAAAA